GCUAUCUCCGGACAUAAACAUGGCAGUCUCAGUUGGUGUUCCAUCCAUCUCCCAGCUGUCAGCGGGACAUGCGACUGUCUAUGAGAAUUUCUUCAGACAGGCAGAUGUGUCUAACACUGGUCAAAUUGGAGCAUCAGAUGCUGCAGCCUUCCUUAAAAAGUCUGGUUUAAAAGAGGGAAUUCUUCACCAGAUUUGGGAGCUAUCUGAUCCACAAGGAACUGGAUUUCUUGAUAAACAUAGAUUUUUCUUGGCACUGAGAUUGAUUGCCCUAGCACAGAAUGGUAAAGAUGUCUCACUGUCAAAUCUGAUGUUGCUAGUUCCAGCACCAAAAGUAGGUGAUGUGAUACUUCCAGCUGUACCCCCUCCACAGGAAAGUACACUAUGGGCUGUAAAACCAGCAGAAAAAGCUAAAUAUGACAACAUUUUUGAAGGGCUACAACCAGUCAAUGGUCUUCUUCCAGGAGAAAAAGUGAGACCUGUUCUCUUAAACUCAAAGCUUCCCAUUGAUGUGCUUGGUCGUGUGUGGGAGCUUGCUGAUAUUGAUAAAGAUGGAAUGUUAGACAAUGAUGAAUUUGCAGUGGCAAUGCAUCUUGUGUACCGUGCAUUAGAAGGAGAUCCAGUCCCCCUAACGCUUCAUGGCAAGCUUAUACCUCCUUCAAAAAGGAAAUUAAAAUUGUCUUCAUCAGCUCCUUCCUCACCAUCUCCAAAGGGACUUACUCCACCAUCAGUCAGCAGUUCUGUUCUCUCCACAGUCACGACUACUCAGGAAAGCCCAUGGGUUGUUACAAGUGCUGACAAGUUGCGUUAUGAUGCCAUGUUCAAACAAGCCGAUAAGGAUGCUGAUGGACUUGUCUCUGGAGAAGAAGUGAAGAGUAUCUUCAUGGCAUCUGGGUUGCCACAACAAGUUCUUGCUCACAUAUGGGGACUGUGUGACACAACAGGCCAAGGACGCCUAAACUCUGAGCAGUUUGCCCUUGCCAUGUAUCUUAUACAUCAGAAGGUUAUGGGUGUAGAUCCACCACAAGCCUUGCAGCCAGAGAUGGUUCCACCCUCCAUGAGGAGUGGAAGUGCUGCCAGCCCUGCUGGGGGAGAGGAAAGAGAGGGGGGAGGUGCUGGAUCUGUCAUUUCAACACUGAGUGAUUUUUCGGCCAUCAAAGAGCUGGACAAAAUAACCAAAGAAAUUGAAGACCUUGGGAGAGAAAAAGCCAGUUUGCAGCAUGAGAUUGAAGAGAAAGAAGAAAUGAUCAGACAAAGAAAUGGAGAAAUACAGAAUCUACAGAGUGAACUUGAAAAAACUAAACUGAAAUAUCAAGAAUUAGAGAGACAAAAAGCAGAUUCACAAGGCAAACUUGAUGACUUAGACAAAGAGAAAGCCAAAUUGGAAGAAAUGUUGAAAGAUGCAAAGCAGAAAUGCGAGGAAGAAACAAAAACGAUAAACAGUUUGCAGGCGCAGAUCGCAUCUUCGAGAAAAUCAGCCCUGCAACAAGAAGAAGAACUUAGCGACGCGAGAGAUGAAUUGAACAGAAUUAGAGAAGACGAAACCAAGCUAGAACGAGAGAUCGAGUCCAGUAAAGAACACCUAGAGACAGUCCAGAAACAAAUCAAAGCUGUUCAAACAGAAAUUUCGCAGGUCAGAUCAAAGGUUUCAACACUUGAAGAAACAAACAGUAGCCUAAACGCCAAUAUCGCACAUUACAAUUCGUUGAUGAACUCCAAUAGUUUGUCCAGUGGUCCAGCGUCCAUUCCGGAUUUUGCACCCCUGACAGAUGCGUUUGACAUGACGCCGACUCCUUCAGAAGCCGAUGCCAUGAGUGUCAGAGCGACGGCCGGUAGCAGUCCCGUGAGCAGCAUAAGCGGCUUUAGUGUUGGAUCUGGUCGAGUAGAUGAAGCUGUAGAUGAUUUUAAGGAUACAGAUCCCUUCAAGAGCAAAGAAAAUUUAUUUAGUUCUUCGGAAACGGAAUCUAACGAUCCUUUCCACGUAGACGAUCCUUUUAAAACAGACCCAUUUCAUUACAAGAGCGUCUCGUUCGCGGACCCUUUCCCAGGCGAUCCGUUUGAGGGCGAAGAUUUGUUCAAAGGUGAUCCUUUCAAAAGUGACCUUCCAGCCAGUGCAGGAGCUAAUGGUUCUGGGGCAGGAAUAAGCAAUGGUUUAUCAUCUUCACCAGCAAAAUCAGAUCCUUUUGCUAUGGAUCCCUUCCAGAGCACAUUUCCAAGCAGCAAAAGUCCGGCAGAUAACUUUUUCAGCUCGGAUCCGUUUAAACCAUCUGGGAGUGGUUCAGAUACUAAGAAAAGCACGAAUAACUCACAGGAUAAAGAUUCUCUCUCGUCUGUCAAAGAUCCUUUCAGCAAUCCCUUUGGUCCUGAUCCAUUUGGUUCCUGAUGAAACUCGACCUUUCCCGAUUAAACAUGCCGAAUUGUCUGAAUGUCUUCAAAAGUGUCGGCAAGAACAAGAUUAUGGCUCUUGUAGUCUGCGGCCUCAAAAACUUUGUUCAAAGUUAGCGAAAACUAAGCAACGACUGUAUUGAGAGUCGAUGGGAAAAAUAGCAGUUUCGGUCAAAAA